AUGGCACAGAAGACGAUGCUACGCAAGAUCGAUUCCGGAGAAGCACCGGCCGGCCGUUCUUAUCAGUUCUUGGCUAGUGCCCAUGACCAGAGGGAGCUUCUGUACCAAUAUGACCCUCCACUACAGCCCUCACCAGUUGAACUACCACCACCACCACCACCGCCGCCCAAGCCACCACAGCUCACCCCACAACUCCCAGUCCAGCCAGCACCAGGGACGGCGCCUGUCAAGGAUUGCGCUUUGUCAGGGCUCGAAGUUGUGCGUAUUUUGAUCGCACGGAAGCUCAUGAAGUCGAUGGAGGAAGUACCAACUUCCAAAUCCAUCAAGGAUCUAUGUGGUGGAAAGUCAACACUGCAAAAUGAGCUAGUAGGAGAUCUUCAUGCUGAAUUUGGCCUUCUCCCGGACAGACCAGAAGACAUUCCCUUGAAGGACCUUGGCAUCAUCCUUGACCCAAGCCGGCCACUGGGAAAGGUUUCAUCAGCCCUUGUCGCCAGACUAAUAGCAUCCAAAAUGCCUGGCGGUUUCGGUAUUGCCUCGAUCCACAACUACCUCGAGCAGAGGUUGGGGCUCAGCCCUAAGCGACAGACCGCCGUGACCUUGUGGGCUGUCGCUGCUGAACCAACAUCACGACUGCCAGACAACCAAGCAGCCGAGAGAUACUGGGAUCAGAUUGCACAGGACUAUGGUGCGUUCUGUGGCAUCAACCUCCAACCUCGAAGCCAACAACUUCAACAAGCAUCCAAUGACGCCGCCAGCGCCAGGACAGUUCUUGUUGACUCAUCAGCGUUCAACCAAGCCUCGGAAGCUCACAAGCGGUUAGCCACGAAGCAAUACCACGCCCUUGCCGAGUAUCUAGUUUUCAGUUCUUCAGACUCUUCAAGCUCUGAUAAGAAACUCGUCACAGACCUGCAGCUUCAGCUUGAUACCUGGUCAGCGGAAUUUUCUGACGAGUUCUUGUCGGGAAUUGCACCCACCUUUGAUGCUGGAAAGGCGCGACAGUACACAUCCUGGUGGAACUACGCCCGGGAGGAAGUGCUCACACUGUACCACAGUGGUCAACUUCACGACAAGAUGACAAUGGAAACCCUCAUCAACCGUCUCGCAAGCCGAGCUAAUGGACCACUUUCCCUUCUGGUAUCUCAUCUUGCAGAAGAAUGUCCCUCGGAGGUCUUACGCGAGCUAUUUCAGCGGGUAGUGCGUGCAAGUAAUGCAGGAGUCAAAAAGCCUCCUGUUGCUCGGCCCAUGUGGCCAACAGCUGGGCCACGAACGAUUGUGACCGAGGACGGAGAUAUCGGCUAUGUAGAGAUUCCUCGUCCAGGCUUCUCUGGACCUGCGGCCUACGGAGACUACCUCUCUCACCGACUUGCUCAACCUCGGGAGACCGGCGAUUCCCCUGUUAUUCGCGUCAACGCUGCUCAUGCCGAUCAUGAGGAAUCAGAUUGGACCAAGCUGUUCAUCCAAGGAAUAUGUGACGCUCUCACAACCGGCGUCUCAUUCUCAGAAAAGUCCAUGCUCGUCACCGGUGCAGGUCAGGGUUCAAUUGGCAGCGAGGUCAUUCGCAUUCUACUCGCAGGUGGCGCCCGUGUUAUCGUCACCACCAGCAGGGAGCCCAGCACCGUAGCUGGCUACUUUCAGUCCAUAUACAGGGACCACGGUGCCAAGGGCUCGGAGCUUCACCUGCUUCAGUUCAAUCAAGCCAGUUCACAGGACUGCGAGAGGCUGAUAGACCACCUGUACAGCCAAUCCUGGGACCUAGACGCCAUCCUUCCCUUUGCCGCAGCCCCCGAAGGAGGUGCAGAGAUGGAUGCCCUAUCCCCGACCAACGAGCUGGCACACCGAUUGAUGCUCACCAAUGUCUUUCGUCUUCUGGGCCGCAUAGUCAAGAACAAGCGUCGCUUGGAAAUCGCGUGCCACCCCACUCAGGUUGUGCUCCCAUUGUCACCGAACCAUGGUAUCUUCGGCGGUGAUGGUCUCUAUUCCGAAUCGAAACUGGGCUUGGAAAGCCUGGUCAACCGAGCCCGCUCCGAGUCUUGGUCUGACCAGCUGUCGAUAUGCGGCGUGGAGAUUGGUUGGACUCGAUCGACGGGCCUGAUGACGGCUAAUGACGUUCUCGCUGAGACGAUCGAGAAUCAUGGGGUGUUGACCUUCUCGGCGCAGGAGAUGGCGCUGAAUAUUGCCGUGUUAUUGACGUCGAAAUUUGUCGAUCUCUGUGAAGAUGGGCCUAUCUAUGCUGAUUUUGGCGGCGGCCUCUCGACCCUGGGUAGUUGUCACGCCAUUCUGUCCAAGGCUCGAGAGGAAUUUCGGCUUGCCGCUGAUGUUGCGCGAGCUGUCAAGACCGAGGAUGAACGCGAGCAAGCGCUCCUAAAGGGCACCAAGUCCAGUAUUAAGAGACCUUUCAAGCAAAAGACGAUGCUUCGAGUGGGCUUUCCGAAACUCCCAGAUACGUUACCAGACCAUGACAUUGGUCGUUUGGUGGACCCCGCAAGAACCGUGGUUGUUGUUGGCUUCUCGGAACUGGGCCCAUGGGGCAAUGCCCGGCUACGCUGGGAGAUGGAAACUUUUGGCCAGCUAAGUCCUGACGGGUACGUUGAAAUGGCUUGGCUUAUGGGGUUGAUACGACACGUUGAUGAACCUUGCAAGGGUGGUCAUUAUGUUGGGUGGGUCGAUGCCAAAACAGGGGAACCGGUCGACGACAACGACGUGCGGCACAAAUACGGCGAAUUCAUCAAGGCGCACACCGGGAUCAGAUUUGUCGAGCCAGAUACGAUUACAGGCUAUGACCCAGCCUGCAAAGAGCUCUUACAAGAGGUCGCCGUGGAGGAAGACCUCCCUCCCUUUGAGACUUCUCUCUCUACGGCUGAGGCCCUACAACUGAAGCAUGGAGAUAAAGUAGUCAUAUUGCGCCUACAAGGGAACUCUGAUAGUUAUCAAGUUCAGAUCAAACGCGGUGCUACCAUCCUUGUCCCCAAAGCCGUUCCGUUCCCUUGGGGUUCAGUGGCAGGCUUGCUGCCGAGUGGAUGGGAUGCUGCCAGGUACGGCAUUCCAAAAGACAUCAUCCAGCAGGUGGACCCGGUGACGUUGUACACUUUGUGCUGUGUCGCAGAGGCCUUUUACAGUGCCGGAGUCCCAGAUCCAACCGAGGUGUUUCAGCACAUUCAUCUAUCCGAGCUGGGAAACUUCAUCGGUUCAUCCAUGGGCGGUGUCCUCAAGACCCGCCAUCUCUACCGCGACGCCUAUCUGGACCAAGAUAUUCAGGCAGACACACUCCAAGACACGUAUCUGAACACCACGCCCGCUUGGAUCAACAUGUUGUUGCUGGGUGCAGCUGGACCCAUCAAGACCCCAGUGGGGGCCUGUGCCACUGGCCUAGAGUCUAUCGAUUCCGCCAUGGACUCCAUAAUGGCAGGCAAAACCAAGAUGUGUCUUGUGGGAGGCUACGACGAUUUCGGAGAAGAGGAGUCACUCGGAUUCGCCAAGAUGAAAGCCACAGUCGAUGUGGCCGCGGAGCUGGCACGGGGCCGCCUGCCCUCGGAGAUGUCACGGCCGACUGCAGAAAGUCGGGCUGGGUUUGUCGAGUCCCACGGUUGUGGCGUUCAGCUGCUCUGUCGUGCCGAUGUUGCACUGGAAAUGGGACUCCCCAUCUACGGUGUCAUUGCCGGAUCGGCCACGGCUGCCGACGGCAUUGGUCGCUCGGUGCCCGCACCUGGCCAAGGUAUCCUGACCUUUGCUGGCCAGGCAGAGCAGCACAUGCCACUAUACACUCAGCUGUCCAUCAGAAACGAUAGCUUUUCCUCUGGCUCAUCUUCUGAGCCGGAGCUAUGGACCCCUGUGAGCGAAAAGGCUGGCUCAAAAUCAACAUCUUCUUCCAUAGGGGCGGCUUUGGGGGCUUGGGGCCUCACGAUCAAUGACCUCGACGUGGCCUCGUUACACGGCACCUCUACCAAAGCCAACGACCUCAACGAGCCUGAGGUGAUACACAAGCAAAUGACCCACCUGGGCCGCACCGAUGGUGGACCCCUCUGGGCUAUCUGCCAAAAGUCCAUCACUGGUCACCCAAAAGCGCCUGCUGCCGCGUGGAUGAUGAACGGAUGCCUGCAGGUCCUCGACAGUGGUCUUGUUCCGGGAAACCGCAACGCCGACAACAUCGAUCCUGCCCUAAAGGCAUAUCACCAUCUGUGCUUUCCCACUAGGACUGUCAGGAUGGCUGGUGAAGGGCCCAAGGCCUUUCUGCUCACGUCAUUUGGGUUUGGACAGAAAAGCGGGCAGGUUGUUGGUGUAGCACCGCGCUUCUUCUUUGGCUCGUUGCCUGCCAGCAGCUUUGCAGAAUAUUGCGGCAAGACCAAAGCAAGGCAGGCAAAGGCUGAUAGGGCGUUUGCAAAAGCGGUCAUGGAGAAUCAGGUUGUGAAGGUGAAGACGGAGCCUCUGUAUGUCAAAAGAGAUGCGUCCCGUAUCUACUUGGACCGGUCGUUGAGGGUUGGGCAGAAUGAUAUCACGGGAGCGUACCAGUUUGCCACUGUCUCUUAG